AAAAAAUCAGCAACUGCAAGUUCUGAAUUGAUUGUGAGGGUCAAAGCAUCAUCUAAUAUCAAACGCUGGGAACUUUCAAAAGAUGAUAUAGAACUGCCUUUGAGUGUGAGAAUAGAGUGAAUUUUUGGAUAUAUCUACAACCACAAUAGCAGCAGCUAAUGCAGCCAUAUCUUCCCUACAGUUCAGGUUCUUGUCACCAUUGACAGUUGCCUGUUAGAUGAAUAUCACAACAUAAAUUUUUUCAAGAUAAUGCCAGAUAUAGAAAUCCAGUUAACGUCUAAUGGUGUUGUGCUUUCUCAUCUAAAGAACGUGAAGGUGGAUUUGUCAUCAGAUAUGUAUCAUUUGAUUGUUUCGAAUGUGCGGAUUACAACUGAUAAGUUAGACAUUAUUAUCCCAAUUUAUGAAGCCGUGUUGGUUUUAUCUCGGCCUGAUAAGCGACCCUCAGCAUACUUUGUCAAGUGUUUUCUGGACCUCUACGACUUGUCAACAUUAGUUCGUCAGAAUCAGGCGAAACGUUGCUUCACAAGCAGGUCAUUGAGGACUUCAAACUGGAGGUGUUAGAUAGACAUCGUAAUCAUGUCCAACAAGGCAUAGAAGCAGAGCUGCAUGUUCAUGGUUUCUCUUCUGUUGAUCAAAUUGGUCUAAAGCGCGGGGUAGUGUAGCUUUCUUACAACAUAAAGCAAAUAUACAAUAACGGUGAUUUCACGAGCUUUGCUGUACCACAACUUUAUUUGCGUAGUUUCAUUUGACUAUAAUAAUUUCAGAUACAUUGCGAGAGAGAAAGUAUUUGCGCAUACCCGGUAUGGGCCAACAGUGUCUAUACCGGGGUAUGUUAGUAAUUUUGCCAGAAAAAGACAAAAAGAUUUGACUCUGAUCAUGUAGGAGAGAAAUCAGAUCAACUAGCAUAUGAAUCAGAUCAACUACAAUGUGAAUCAGAUUAACUAUAAUGUGAAUCAGAUCAUGGAUAUAUGUAAGUAAAAACCAAAAAAAAAAAAAAAAAAAAAAACCAAAGAAAAAAGGAAAA